CUAAGAGAGGCUUAGGCACAUGUUUGAGAGCUGCCCGCGAGUUCUUUUCUGAUGAGAGUCUGUAUUCAUUUGGAUUAAAAUACCCACGCGGCUUGUGACUAAAACGGGAGGGGGUACCACGGAAUACCAGGUACCUAUUACACCAUUUCUCUGGUGAAGGCUAUUCAGCAGUGGUGACCUCUUCCAAUCGAACACUCCACAAAUUAUUAUCUCUGGACUCCCAGCUGACACCCUGCCGGAGGCUAGAGCUACUAAGCCAACUGGAACUGUGCCCGUUCUCCUGUCAAGGUUUUUUUCUUACAGAGGAAAAAGAAAGAAAAAAAAAAGAUGAAGUUGGGGAAAGUGGAGUUCUGCCAUUUUUUGCAGAUAAUAGCUCUUUUCCUGUGUCUUUCUGGGAUGAGUCAAGCAGAACUCUCAAGGUCCAGAUCAAAGCCCUAUUUCCAGGCAGGAAGACCACGGACCAAGCGCAGCUGGGUGUGGAAUCAGUUCUUUGUGCUGGAGGAAUAUAUGGGUUCAGAUCCUCUUUAUGUAGGAAAGCUUCACUCUGAUGUUGAUAAAGGAGAUGGCUCCAUCAAAUACAUCUUGUCAGGCGAAGGGGCAAGUUCCAUUUUCAUUAUUGAUGAGAACACUGGGGAUAUUCAUGCUACAAAGAGGCUGGAUCGGGAGGAGCAGGCCUACUACACACUCCGAGCACAAGCACUAGAUAGGCUGACUAAUAAACCUGUGGAACCAGAGUCGGAAUUCGUCAUUAAGAUUCAGGAUAUCAACGACAAUGAACCAAAAUUUUUGGAUGGCCCAUAUACUGCAGGUGUGCCUGAAAUGUCUCCUGUGGGAACUUCGGUGGUACAAGUAACAGCUACAGAUGCAGAUGAUCCUACUUAUGGCAACAGCGCCCGAGUGGUUUACAGUAUUCUGCAGGGACAGCCAUAUUUCUCUGUGGAGCCAAAGACAGGUGUCAUCAAGACCGCCCUUCCCAACAUGGAUAGAGAGGCUAAAGACCAGUAUUUGCUUGUAAUUCAAGCAAAGGAUAUGGUUGGGCAAAAUGGAGGACUAUCAGGGACUACGUCUGUCACAGUCACCCUUACUGAUGUCAACGAUAAUCCACCCCGCUUUCCAAGAAGGUCUUACCAAUACAAUGUCCCAGAGUCAUUGCCUGUGGCAUCAGUGGUGGCCCGAAUUAAAGCUGCUGAUGCUGAUGUGGGACCAAAUGCAGAAAUGGAAUACAAGAUUGUGGAUGGUGAUGGCCUGGGAGUUUUCAAAAUUUCUGUUGACAAAGAUACACAGGAAGGAAUCAUUACUAUUCAGAAGGAGCUGGAUUUUGAAGCCAAGACUAGCUAUACACUGCGCAUAGAAGCCGCCAAUAAGCACGUUGAUCCUCGCUUCCUGAGCCUGGGACCCUUCAGUGAUAUGACAACAGUGAAGAUAAUUGUGGAAGACGUGGAUGAGCCCCCUGUGUUUAGCUCCCGUUUAUAUCCCAUGGAGGUGUCUGAAGCCACCCAAGUUGGAAAUAUCAUUGGAACCGUAACAGCACACGACCCAGAUUCUUCAAACAGUCCCGUUAGGUACUCAAUAGAUAGAAACACAGACUUGGAGAGAUAUUUCAAUAUUGAUGCCAACAGUGGAGUCAUUACAACUGCCAAGUCUUUGGACCGGGAGACAAAUGCUGUUCAUAACAUCACAGUCCUGGCAAUGGAAAGUCAGAAUCCAUCUCAAAUAGGAAGAGGUUAUGUGGCCAUCACUAUAUUGGACAUCAAUGACAAUGCCCCUGAAUUUGCCAUGGAUUAUGAGACCACUGUCUGUGAAAAUGCCCAACCUGGUCAGAUUAUCCAGAAAAUCAGUGCAGUUGAUAAAGAUGAGCCAUCCAAUGGUCACCAGUUCUACUUCAGCUUAACAGCUGAUGCAGCAAAUAAUCACAAUUUUUCACUAAAGGACAACAAAGAUAACACUGCCUCAGUACUCACCAGGAGAAAUGGAUUCCGGAGACAAGAACAAUCUGUUUACUAUUUGCCAAUUUUCAUCGUGGACAGUGGUUCUCCUUCCCUUAGCAGUACCAAUACUCUCACCAUUCGAGUAUGUGACUGUGAUGCAGAUGGCAUAGCUCAAACGUGUAAUGCAGAGGCAUACAUUUUACCAGCAGGACUUAGCACGGGAGCCCUUAUAGCAAUCCUCGCCUGUGUGCUGACAUUAUUAGUGUUGGUCCUCCUGAUUGUCACGAUGAGACGACGGAAAAAGGAGCCAUUGAUUUUUGAUGAGGAGAGGGAUAUUAGAGAAAAUAUUGUCCGGUAUGAUGAUGAAGGUGGUGGUGAAGAAGACACAGAGGCUUUUGACAUGGCUGCUUUAAGGAACCUGAAUGUCAUCCGAGAUACCAAGACCCGAAGGGAUGUGACACCAGAGAUUCAGUUCUUAAGUCGACCAACUUUUAAAAGUAUCCCUGAUAACGUCAUUUUUAGAGAAUUUAUUUGGGAAAGAUUAAAAGAAGCUGAUAUAGAUCCCUGUGCUCCUCCUUAUGAUUCUCUACAGACAUAUGCCUUUGAGGGAAAUGGUUCAGUAGCUGAGUCACUCAGUUCUUUAGAUUCCAUCAGCUCAAACUCUGAUCAGAAUUAUGAUUAUCUCAGUGACUGGGGGCCUCGUUUUAAAAGACUGGCAGAUAUGUAUGGAACUGGCCAGGAAGGCUUAUACUCAUAGCCUUGGGACCUUAAUAGGAAAUGCACUAAAGAGAAACAAAACAAAACAAACAGAAAAAGAAUAAACACAAACUCUACUUAUUGGAUUUAAAAAGGGUGUAAAUAUUUCUCCAUUUUUAACCGUUUAGGUUUUUGCCUUGGUGAAGCAUAUCUUCAUUAGACUUGUCCUAGGGACUGCACUGACCACAGAUACUGAGCAUUUGAAGGCAUUUUGAUAAAAUGAGAUGCUCAGAUGUAUUCGAAUAGAUAGCAACCCUUAAAUACCUGCAAAGGCAACUAACCUGAGUCAGUAGUGCACUGUGACCUUGAUGAGCCAGUAAUAACCUUGUAAAUGCCUUCCCAGUACCACUAUGUCUAGAUGUAAAGUUUAUCUCUCUGAUAUGAUGAGUGAAAGAAAAAAAGUUUGUGACAGUGUAAGAAGUCUUAGUUCUUUAUACCAAAUCUUUUAGAGCGAUACCUACAGCUUACUGGCUCAUGAUAUCUACCAGAAUUUUAUUGCUUUUGACUAAAAAAUCCAAAUGACCAGAAAUAUUCAUAAAUGCCUAGUCAGGUCCUCAUUGCCUCAGUCUACUCCCUUUCCCCACCCCCAAAACAUACAAAACCCUCUAACAUGUCAAUGUAAUUUAUACUAAAAAAGAAUAGCAUUACUUGCAAAAAAUAAUUUAUAAAAUGGUCAAAAUAAUAAUUGGGGAAACAAUUCUCAAAAUAAAAAAUUAUCCUUAGAUGCCUGUGUAAGUAUGAAGGGAAAGUUGCUGUCUAUUCAAUUUUUAUUAUCUCUUCUGAUUUGUACAGGAGAAUUUUAUCUUUUUUUUUUUUUUAAUUUGACACAUGGUGUUAUAUUUAUUUUGGAGCUCAAUCUCCACAAAAUUCAGGUCCAUUUUACUGCCUCACAGUAUUAAACUCAUCAGAACAUGCUGAUUUUUCUCCAGUCUCAGCUACAUGAAGGAAAUGAAGCAUAGAAAUGGAGAAAUUACAGUAAAGCAAUUGAGCCCCACAUUGUUCAUGUCUCAGAAAGGAACACAGCUACAAGGACACACAGUUGUUCUUCUGAGCCAUUAGAAUGUCUGAAACAUUUGAAUCAAGUAUUUGUACCUUGUAUUUUGGAAAGAAGACUACACAGUGAAUGAGGAAUAUCUUUGAAUGGAAGAUUGAAUUUUCAAGGUCAUAAGUAAUCUAUGCUCCUAAGACUUAAAAGAACUUGUUUUCCCCUAGCGCCGCCCUGCUUUGCUGUUGAAGCACUUCAGUAAAAGACUGUUUGAAAUUUCUUUCCUAUGUUAAAAAUAUGUAAUGCUAUUAACUUCAGAGUCCAUCUUUAAAUCCUGAUGCAAAUAAGUAUGUCCCCCAAGGAAUUAACUUCACAAUGCAUAAUUUCUAUACUGGUCUGGGAGUGCCAAAAUGAGGAGGAUUAUUGCAGAUGGUCAAAAUACUGUAUAAUUUUGAAAUAAGAUUUCUUAGAAUAAGACAACUUUUUAAUGAUUCCAAUAAUAUUUAUACCUACAAGCUUUCAUGAUUUAAUACUAGUUUAUGAUGCACAUAAUCAACUAAGGAUUUUUUUCUUUUCCUUUUAUUUAAAAAAAAGUUGUAGUUGAGUUACUAAUAAAUCUGCAGAUAGUGGGCACUGUGUGAAAAAUGGUGUUCUAAAAGAGCUUCUUUCUAUAUGAAAUAUAAAUAUGUUGAGUACACAUGAGAGAAAAGGUGUUUAUGAAAGAGUCUGUAAUUUUUGCAGCCCAACAUUAUAAAUGAAGUAUGUGAAAGUGGCCUUCAGCUUCAUCAAAAUAAACAAUUCAACAAAUUUAAUUAUCUGCAAACUUCUUUAAUUUUGGUAAAGUUUUCCAAGACAAUCAUUUCAUGAGUUAUUAGAUGUGCCACAGACUAUCAAAAUAUAUAUAUAUGUGUGUGUGUAUGUAUAUAUAUGUGUGUUCAUAUAUAUAUACACAUAUAUACAUAUGUAUGAUUUUGUAAUGGAACUAAAAUAUAUUGCUCAUGACUUUUAGUCAAACAUAAGAUUUUCAAUAAAAAAGGGGCAUGGGGUGGGAAUGAAGCUUCCCCUGUUCAAUAAAAGCAAAAUGUGCUGCAGGAAUUAUAUAGGUGUUAAAUCAUCCAGGUGCUGAGAAAACAGUUUUACAAUAAUCCUCUUGUUUGCAGGAAGAUAAAAUAUUUUAGUACAUUUGGAUUAUGAUGUCAAAACUGCUGAUUGUUGCAAAUAUCACUAAAUGGAGUUCUGAGUAUAUUAUAGAAAAAGAAUAUCAUUCAUCUUGCUUUUCCUCCAUUUCAUAAGAAUAUAAAAUUUCUCAUGCUUUCCCCCUCCUUAUACGAUCAUGAUAGAAUUGGAGAAAUCAACUCUAAUUUAUUUAGUGCUCUGAAAUUCUUCCAUGAAACUGUUUGAUAUUUGAUGAGCUGAAGAGAUUCCUGAAACUUCUGCUAUCUUGAAUACAUUUGCUGAACAUAAGGUCACCUUUUUUUUUUUUUUUGGAGGAGGAGGGAGAAUUUCCUUAAAUUGAAUGAUAGGUGUCACAGGUAUUGGGCAAAUUAUCUUUAUAAAAGAGAAAGUUCAUUGUAAGUGAAGUGUUUUAGGGUUUUUUUUUCCUUUUUUCUUGCAGACACUGAUAUAAUGAGUGAAAUAUAAGAUCAUCUGGAAACUACUUAAGUAGAGAAAGUAUUUUUUUCCCUGAACCAAGAAGGGAACAAUUGGUUAUGGAGAACUAAAGCCAUAGUAACUAAAUUUCAACAGCAGAGGGGUAUCAGCAUUAAAAUGUCUGCCAUGGUAUCUGUUUAUUCAGAUGUUAUGGCAAUAAAUUCUAGAACUUACUACUUCCUCAGUUAACAAUAAAAAUAAGGCUGGCAUUUGCCUAGUGCUUGAAAAAUUGCAAAGUGUUUUACCUAUAUUAUAUUGUUUGAGAAUUUCAAAAUACUAGAAAUUACUGGCAAGAAAAAAUUCUGCUUCAUCUUCAAUAUGUUCAGGUGGCAAAAUAGACAGAGAUUUUCUCUUAAAUACUUUUUCUCCAUAGCCUCAAAGUAGGGUCACCACUCCAUUUGUUUAAGUAAGAAUAUUGGCUCAGGGAGGCAAUAUGUUUCUAUAAUUAUAUAGUUAUAUAAACACAUACAUAUGUAUACCCACAUGUACAUGUAUGUCAUGUCUGUGCAGAUAUAUUUUCAUAUUUACUUACAUGUGAAUAUAUACACAUCUAUAUUUAUAUAUAUGCAUGUGUGUAUACUGAUAGACAUCUCUCUAUGUGUAUAACAUACACACAUGCAUACACAGAAUAUAGAUAAACCUCAAGGUAGCAUUGCAUAGUGGAGAGCUCACUUCAGUGCCCAGAUGAUUUGAGUUCAAUUCCUGCCUCUGAUUCAUAUUAGAGCUAUGUGACAGUGUUACGUGCAAAUUUCUGCAGAACAGUUGCCAAUUUGUACACAUACACAUACGUACAUACACAUACAUACACGCAUAUAUCUAUAUAUAGCUAUUUCUGUAAGGAUAUCUACAUGUAGGUAUCUAGAUAUUUCUAAAUAUAAAAAUUCAAAACUUUUAAUAAAUUAUACUUGAUAUGUAUAGAUAUCUUUCUAUAUCUUUACAUGUCUCAGAAUAGAAUGUGUCUGUCUUAUUAAACUUGAGGCUAUUUGUUUCAUGGGAUUUGACCAUGAUACAUUAAAGGUUCUGAAAAAUGUUUCUUGACCUGUUGACCUGAAUUAAAUUCUUCCUCAACUGCUAUGAUUAGACUAAUUGUAGUCAGAAAAAGAACAAUUCAAAGUCAAGAACACCAAAAGCAAACUCCCAAGGAAAGGAGGAAUCAGGUAUUUGGGUUGGCUUGCCUGGCUCGUUUCUGAACAACAGGAUUUCUGAUAAGCAAAGGCAAUGAACAGUGUGAAAUAAAGAACCUCUCUGUGAGCUGUGCCAAAGGAAAGGGAGAGUGCUUAAAUUUUGGUUUGGAGGAUUCAACUUGAAAUGUAGGUCAAUGACAGAAGAGACUGCCUUGGAUCCUUAACUACCUACAUACAUCUAUCAGGAUGUCUGCUCUUCUGCCUGAUUAUGGAUUGAAAGUUCACCCUAUGUACCCAGCCAGCUUACUUCCCUUGAGUCUUGAUAUUUGAUUUUAUAGGAAGAUUUUGAAACAUUCACUUCAUAAAAUAUCAUGCUAUUUUAUAGUUAAAUGCAAAAGGUUUAAAUAAAUAUUCUCAUGAGCACUGUAUAUAUUUUAGAAAAUGUGCAUAGUGUAUUUGUUAUGUUUCAUAUGCAGAAACAAUUGCAUUUGAAAAUUAGCAGUUGGGAUGUGCCUGAGUUCAGAGAAAAUCUUAAAUGAGAUGUAAAUAUAGCUUUGAAAAAUUACUGAGUUAAAAAUAAUUGAAUUAAACAUUUUCAAGUUUUUUUAUGACAAGAAUAUUGUUUUUAUUAAUACUGGUUUUAAAUACACCUGUUAAUUCAAUAAAAAGUUUUUAUUGAUUAUUUUUAACUUCUUAAAUAAGUCAAACUUUUCUUUUAUUAGUUUCACUGAAUUUUAGCCUUGGUUCAAUAUUUAAACGAUACUUGGGAAGGUUCAGCAGGCUAGUUAACAGAGAGGCCAGUCUACUAGAAUCGAAGGCUGUCAGAGCUAAAAAUAUAUUUGCAAAUAAUCCAGCUUUUGCAUAUGGGCUGUAAAAUCCAUUAUACUUAAUAUGUCAUGUACCAAUGUGGAUAUUUUUAGAGAAGGAAGUGAUUAUUUUUUAUCAAGGUCGACUGGCUGGGUGGAUAGAAAUUAAUGACCCCAAAAUUGUAGGAAAGAGGGAGAGAAGUGAGAAUAUAUGUAAGUAGGAAAAAAGUGGUAAGGGGGUUAUGAUCCAGGAGAUGGUAGGUAUUUUAAAUCUAUGUCACAUUUGGAUAAAGAGAAAUAUUAAGGUAAAUGUAAAAAAAAAACCACAAUAGAUUCACCCCAGUGCCUUAAUUCCAAUGUUUUUAUUGUAGUGACAGAUGCCUAGAUUCCAUCUCCUGGCUUAUAGUUCCAGGAUGAUAUCGAAUAGUACAUGAAAAUAUUCAUGGGAUCAGAUCUAAUAAGCCUAACAGUCUAAUAGUGACUACUAAAUUUUGAGAUGUCUGUAGCAAAUUGCCAUGUGACUAACUGCCAAUCUGGCUAGAGGACUUAACGCACCUAUGAAGAAAGCAAUAUUCCUGACUUUCCAAAAUUGCAUUUGUUUCAAUUAUCUUGAUAUUGUUGAAAUCUUAAGCAAAAAUUUUUAGAGAACAAAAGAGUUGUUGAAGUAUCUGGGAAGUUGCCUUAAACCUUCACUUCUUAUAAUUCGUGAAGCUUUGUCUUCAUGGGUAUUACAUGAAACAUGAAAACAAAGAAGCACAGAAGGUCACAUUUUACCAAUGUGUGUGGUAUAGGUCCUGUGGUGGAGUGAAAUGACCACAGGUUUUAGAGUGAGACAACAUUUGUUCAAAUGCUGGAUUUAUCACUUGCUACCAGGGAAACCCUACAAAAGUCAUGUUGACUGGCUUCAGGUUUUUUUUUUCUUUUUUUCAUUUCUUACUCUUUAAAGUGAAGGGGUUGGACUAGAUGACUAAAGGCCUUUUUAGCUCUAAAUCCUAUGAUCUUAAUUAUUUCUGACUUGAGCCAAGACUCUGUUAAGGAAGGGAUAUGCAAUUUGCAUUCCAGAUAGAGAAAGAAUGUAUACAUGGAAUUUUAAAGUGAAUAGCAAUAAAAUAAGCCAGUUCAAUGCAUGAAUGAAAUAAAUACUUGCCCUUUUAAAGUGUUAUGAAAACAUAUAUGGUUUAUAAGUUGAGAAGAUCUCAAAGUUAACUGUAUACUUUUCUGUUAUAAAAUGGAUAUCACCAAAUAAAUUUUUAAUUUCCAAAUUAAUUUUAAAGACAUUUUCAGAAAUCGUUUCUUGAACUAUAUGUACUGUAAUACCUAUAUACCUAAAGGAUUAUAAAUAUUUUCCCUAACUCAACUAGAAUUACUUGAAAUUGAAGUGCAAAUUAUAUAUUUUUCCUAAAUCUAUAUACCUGACCUAUUUAAUACGUACAAUUGGUAGAAGAGUAUAACUUCCCAGAAGGAAUUUCUACUUAAUCAGAUGAUUACAUAGAUGCUGAUAAAAUAUCUAAAUACUUAUUGAUCCAAUAAAGCAUAAAAAUAGAAAUCAUUCCAGUCUGUCAGAGAAAUCUAUACUCAUCAGAGGCACUAGUAAAGCAAGAAUCAUUCUAUUUGGAGGUAACAGUUUACAUUUUGUAACUGGCCUCUUGGUUCCCACAAUUACCUACUCUGGCUGAACAAGGAAAAUGAAAAAAGACAAAUACUAAGACAAGAAACUAUAGUUAAUUAAUCAUAAGCAAAACUGGUCCUUUAAACUUCAGUUAAAACACAUAAAACUUUGUUUUAUGAAUAUAAAUAUAAAGUUAUUAGGCACACAUCUUAAAAAUAAAAAACAAAUUAGAUGAUAUUAAAUUGCAGAGAAGGUGCUGUGCUGCACUGGUUGGAGAAUUCUGUAUUCUAAUGAAAACACAGGUCUAGUACUUAUCCCUAUCCGUUCCAGCUAAAUUCACUAAUGUGAUUAGGCUGCUUUUAUAUUAUUAUGUGAAUAUAUAUUAUAAAAUUGUGUAUUAUUACAUAAUAUCAAUUGGUAAAG